AAUUUAGAAAAUUAGACUUUCAUAUCACCAAGUGACUUUUUAAAACUAAUAUAUAUGUUUGUUUUUAAUCCCUAAGAAGGUAAUCUGGGCAUAAUAUCCCUAAAAGGGCACCUGCAAGUUAACCAGUAACUUGCAGGUGCCCAAAUGCCAUAUUCGGACAAUUCGUCAUGUUGACACAACAAUUUUUUUCAUAAAUUACCAAUCUAUGAAAUGUUUCUAUAUAAAUUUAUCUUAUUUGCGCUAGUUUUACUAAUAUUGCGAUGCGGUGGCGCUUCUUACGUGUACCCAUUAUGGUCUUCUGAACACCUGAAGAUCGAAAACGAAGAAUCAUGUGAUAGAGAUGCGACAGUGACCGAAUUUGUUCUUGAGAUGUUCGUGCUUCCGAUUAAAGAUGGCUUUUGCAAUAUUUGUGCCAACUUCUCAGAAGUCUACAAUUGCGUUUUGGAAUAUUUGGACCAAUUUAAAGAAAAAGCUCCUAAAGAAUCGCCAUCAUACCUAAGCAGAACUUUAGACCUUUUCGGAUUAGCAGAAACUCCAACAACAGCUACGCCUCAAAGUUGCUCCUAUUAUUCGCUUAUGGUCGUCACAAUCACCAUUGUCCUCCUUAUUACUAUGAUUUUUGUUGCCAAGAAGCUAGUCGAGUACGUGAAAGAGGACGACAGAGUGUUUCCACAUAUUGUGCCAAAUUAUAAAAACAAAUGCCCGUGCUACCAAGAAGGAGAAGAAUAGAAUAAAGUAUAUUUUGUCUAAA